GAAUUUUCAACAUCGAUUCCGAUAUUGCGGCGAACUGCGCAGUGCGCAUGCGCGUUUCCGUGUGUUUCCUUGUCAGCUGCAUCACCGUCAAGUGUCGACCGUCCAACCUACUGAUAAAAAAGGAGACGGCUCACUUUUCGCUUUUCGGAUUUUUCCUGCAUGUCACACGCAACGUGCGCCGAUUGAUGCCGAUUUUCGGCCGCCGAACCCUGUGAAACGAAGCAGCAGCCAUGUUCAGCCGCGUGCGAAGCGCCUUCAUGAACGUGGUCGGCGGGAUCGAGCCCGUGGUCGGCAUGAAGGAUGUCGACGGCCCGUCCGACGAGCGGGACAGACACCGACACUUGCCUCACAAGUUUCCGUACACGCGACCGCAUUUUCUUCAGCUGCACACCGAGGAGGAGAUCGCGGUGACCGCGGACCACCACAUUCGGCCCAUUAUCGUGCCCAGGGACAUCAACGUCAUGCCCUGGAGUGCUGGAUACGCAGAGGCUGUGAAUGCGGGAAAGUCAAUGCUGAACGAAGACCAGGCUUGCAUCCAUCGAGGCUUGCUGACCAGACAAGAUCGCAACUCGUCGGACAGCCACAAAGCACCAAGUCUGCCGUAUGUUUACUUUGGCAUCUUCGAUGGACAUGCUGGAUCUGGCGCUGCGGUGGCUGCUGCAAACCAACUGCACCAUAUCAUUCAUGAAAAGCUGGUGGACAUAAUCGACCACUUGAUCCCUCCAGUCGUGCAGAUGGAAAAGUCGUCGAGGAGCGGCUUAUCCUUCUUCUUUCCCGGCAAAGAAGUGAGCAAGGAAUCUCUGAUAACCGGUGCCUUGGAGUCAGCAUUUUGGGACAUGGAUCAACUAAUAGGAGAGGACAAACUGAAAUACAAAGUGAACGGCGGCUGCACGGCCUUGGCAGCUCUCUUCAUUGACGGAAAGUUGUACGUGGCCAACGCUGGAGACUCGCGAGCCGUGCUUGUGCGCCACAGCCGCUCGCAACCCAUGUCGUACGACUUUACGCCAGAGUCGGAGCGACAGCGCGUCCGCAGACUUGCUGCCUUGCAACCGGAGCUGCUGGGCAACGAGUACACGCACCUAGACUACUGCCAGAGACCGGUGCAGAAGGACAUCGGCAAAAGGAUCCUCUACAGGGACUGGUACAUGACUGGCUGGGGAUACAAAACCGUCACGCCAAGUGAUCUCAAGCUGCCUGUUGUCCAUGGCGAGGGCAAAAGGAGCCGAGUUUUGGCCACAAUCGGUGUCACCAGAGGAUUUGGUGACCACGAACUGAAGGCUCUCUACUCAAAUAUUCCUAUCAAGCCAUUCCUACUAUGCCAGCCAGAGGUGAAGGUACUGCAUGUUGAUAAUGAAGAAGAGUGGAGCGAAGAAGAUGUCUUAAUUAUGGGCACUGAUGGUUUGUGGGACGUGACCAGUAACGAACGGGUCGCUGAAAUCAUCACAAAAAGCUUCAAACAGUUUCCUCAGGACGAGAAUCGCAACAAAUAUAGGUACACAUCUGCAGCUCAGGACUUGGUGAUGUCCUCGAGGGGCAAGUUGACAGAGCGCAACUGGCGCACCUCGGAGGGCAAGUCGGCCACGAUCGACGACAUUUCUGUGUUUGUAAUCCCGAUCGUGGACUACAAACGGGAUCACUCGGCCUGGCUGGAACAAAACAAAGCCCUGCGCGAGCAAAUCAGUGCUAACAUGAACAGCAUCAACAGCAACGUGGUGGUCGAUAGGGCCGUCCACAACGGACACCCGCAGGACGAAGAGGAGGAAGUGUCUCUCGAGAGUGUGAUGAACGGAGACGACGAAAUCGAUACCUCGGCCCCGCUCAGACUCGAGCUGCAAUGAAUGCGUUUAUUUUAGGUCCAGCGAGCUGUAUUUCUGUUCUUUCCACAUUCAAAGGCUCAAUACACAAACGUUUUGUAAGGUGAAGUCUGGGAGGAAAUAUGCGGAUCACGUGCUUUUGUUUCAAACCUCUUUUUAUCAGUUGGUUCGGCUGUGCAAUCGAGCAGAAUCGGUCAUAAUUAUUUGCUAAUUUGGGCAAGUUUACAUUAUUAUCUCAUGUUAUUACACUGCGACGCUCCUGACAUCUGGUAUUUCCGCGGGAGCCGGGACUGUGAUAAUGUGUGCGGUAACUUAAUCUAUUUGUGUAAACACAUUCCUACUGCACCUGAGUUGAUAGUUUUAGCGAAAUUCGCCAUUUUUGUGGAAGCCCAUCGAAUUUGCAGCCGCUAUCAGGCGGAGGUAUCACCAUACUCGGGAAAUUCAUUAUAUUCGACAGUGCCAAUCGAUUCCUGAGGGAAGAAUUCGGGCAAGCCCAAUUCGACGCGAAAAUCAGGGAAAACGUAAAAAUUCUUCUGCGAAUUUUGGUUUGAAAAUAUCUCCAGCGACCAAACUGAGAAAGGUUCUGUGAAUGACUUUGAUAGUGGGCGUGUUUGGUACUUGUGUAAUACAACACGACGCCCGUAGCUUACGCUGGCUGUCACUGUGGCGCUGCUGUCUCGAUCUGAAGAGUUGGACCGGUACUGAGGAGUCGCUCUUUUUUCUGAUUGGUUGCUGAAAUUCUUAAGGAACUUUUUAGCUAUUUUCGGAACAAAAGGUAUUUUUGUACGAUUCUGUUUAUUUUCGGCUGCCCAUUCUCAGUAAUUGACCGGCAUUAUCGAAAAAAUGAAAUUCUGGAAAACUUAAAAUAAAUGGUGGCGGGGCUUCCCGCGACGAAUGGUAAUUUACGAACGAUUUUUGUGUGCUCUGUGCGCUAGUUGAAGCUUUACAUUUCGGUUCACUGAUGUCACAUAAGAACGUCUAAACUAAUGUCACAAACUUAUUAAUUAGAAGCAAAAUGUCAUAUAAUUUGGCGUGCAUUCCAAAAAGCAUUCUGUUGGAAAUCUGGUCGCCGUCAGGUUUUUUCUAAUUCCAGAUAAAAAGUUCUCUCUAAUCAUUGAAGUUGUUUAUUUUUGACAAUAAUUUUUACAAAGACUUGGUUUUUUAUGUGAGCAUUUUCCAGGCGUGUAUUACGAUUGUGUUCUUUAUAUUAUUUAUUGCAUAAAUGUAGCAUAUAUAUUAUAUAUUAUCACCUAUAAUCUACAUGCACCUUUAAAAUGCACAGGUUUCGUUAAAAUAAUACGCAUAAUAUUAUUCUAUCAGAAAUUAUGAUCGAAGUAUUUGCUUUUUAUGUAUAUUUUAUGAUACACAAAAUAAACUUCCAAGGAUAUGGAGUUCAUAUGAAAUGGAAAA